CUUCAUGUUCCUGGCCCGGCCCGCGGCGACCACGGGGCUGCCCUUCCGAUGGGGGAGGAGAGGGGCCCGGGGGGCGCCGUGCACCUGCUGUGCCUCGCGGCCUCCAGCGGGGUCCCCCUGUUCUGCAGGAGCAGCCGCGGUGGCGUCCCUACCCGCCAGCAGCUGCCGUUCUCCGUCAUCGGCUCCCUCAAUGGAGUCCAUAUGUUCGGGCAGAAUCUGGACGUGCAGCUGAGCUCUGCGCGGACCGAGGACACGACCGUGGUGUGGAAGAGCUUCCAUGACAGCAUCACCCUCAUUGUCUUGUCUUCGGAGGGAGGCCAUUCAGAGCUGAAGCUGGAGAGAUUACUUCAGAUGGUGUUUGGGGCCAUGGUUCUUCUCGUGGGACUUGAAGAACUGACCAACAUCCGAAAUAUAGAGAGACUGAAGAAAGAGCUGAGGGCCAGUUACCACCUCAUUGACAGCUUCCUGGGGAACUCUGAGCUCAUUGGGGACCUGACCCAGUGUGUGGACUGUGUGAUUCCUCCGGAGGGAUCCCCCCUGCAGGAAGCCCUGUCGAACUUCGCCAAGGCCACCAGGACGGCCUUUGUCAGCCUAGUGGUGUCAGGCCGGGUGCUGGCAGCCACGGAGGGCUGGUGGCGGUUGGGGACACCGGAGGCCGUGCUGCUGCCCUGGCUGCUGGGAUCUCUGCCGCCACAGACCGCUCGAGAUUACCCGGUGUAUCUGCCCCACGGGAGCCCCACGGUCCCGCACCGGCUCCUGACCCUGAUGCUGCUGCCCGGCCUGGAGCUGUGUCUGCUCUGCGGGCCACAACCGCUACUCAGCCAGCUUGACCCUCAGCUCCUGGAGAGUUGGUGGCAGCCUCUCUUGGAGCCACUGAGGGCCAGCGUCCUGCUGGGCCCUGGUGCCCUGCCUGCAGGCUUCCCCCUGCACGAGGACAUCCUUGGGCUGCUGCUCCUCCACCUGGAACUGAGACGCUGCCUGUUCACCGUGGAGCCCUCGGGGGACAAAGAACCUUCCUUGGUGCAACGUCGGCGCCUCCUGCGCUCCUUCUACUCCUUGGUCACUUCCACACACUUCCCACCAGAGCCUGGGUUGCCGGAGAAGGUGGAGGACACAGCGCAGAAGGCCCAGGUGCCGAGAGCCUGCUACCUGGUGUCUGGGCCCGAGGAGCCAGGGACAGGGUGGCGGCUGGUGGCCCUGCAGGUGGGGCCUCGGCGGCUGCUGCUUCUGCUCUCCCCUCAGAGUCCCACCCAUGGCCUGCGGAGCCUGGCCACCCACACCCUGCAAGCCCUCACCCCGCUGUUCUGACGCCUGUUGUGGGAGACACAAGUAUAGACGGGGCUACUCA